UCUUCCUAUUUCUUGAUGUAUUUGUGUGUAGAGUUUGUCUCCUCCCUCAUCUCUUCUUGAAGUGUGAAAAGCAGGAAGUGUCUGAUUUAGUUCAAACAGUCUGUUAAUGUGUCAGUAUGGGCUCCAGUGCACUGUCUCUCACACUCUUGCUGAUGUCCUUCAUCCACUCUGGACUCACUCAAGUUUCACCCAGAUCUACUCUGACUGUGACUCCAGACAAUACAGUAUUCACUGGAGAGAGAGUGAUUCUGACGUGUGUGAUUGAGUCUAAACACAGAGACUGGGAAUAUGAGUGGUGGAAAGAUGGAACUGAUUUGUCUAAACGUCACACUGUAAAAGGAAAAACUCUCACUAUUGAACAAGCUAAAACAUCUGAUUCGGGUCGGUACAUGUGUGAAGGAGAGAGAAGAGGAGGAUCAGUCUCAUCACAAUCAAACUCUGUUUCUCUCUCAGUGAAGGAUUUACCCAGAUCUACUCUGACUGUGACUCCAGACAACACAGUAUUCACUGGAGAGAGAGUGAGUCUGACGUGUGUGAUUGAGUCUGAUCACAGAGACUGGAGAUAUGAGUGGUGGAAAGGAAACUCAAACAUUCCAGUGUCUCAGCGUUACACUGUAGACAGAAACACUCUCACUGUUGAAGGAUCUGAAUCAUCUGAUGAGGGUCAGUACACGUGUAGAGGACACAUAGAAGGAAGAUCAGUCUCAUCACAAUCAAGCUCUGUUUCUUUCUCUGUGAAGGGUGAGUUUAAUAUCAUCAUCUUCCUAAACUCUCUCUACUACAUGAGAAUAAGAUUCAGUUGUGACAAUGAAUCUAGAAGCUCCUGAAGUUCUCAGCAUAACAUAUAAAACACUGUUAAAUUAAAGAGAGCAGACAAUAACAGACUUGUUGACAGUAAGUGUCAUGAUUGUUUGAGAAUCAGAUUAAACCUGCAGUGAAUCAGACGAGGAGAGACAUCAGUCUCCUCUCCACAUCUCUCCUCUUUAACAUCAGUGUCACACAAAGAGUGUAAGAGUGUCAUUCUAGAAACUGACUCAGAGAUCCUCCAGGAUCAUCACAGAUCAGUGGAGAUUGUAACGCUUGUUGAUUCAUGGCAGA